UAAACGCAGCUGAGGCAAGGGAUUUUUUUUCUCUCUCAUUGGUCGUAGAAGUCGAACAGGAAGAACUAGUCGACGGAAAAGUUGGCGUGUGAAAGAUGUUUUAAACAUUGUCCUAGUGCUCUAAAUCAAACUGGUGUCCUAGAGGGGUCCAAAGAUAUCCGCCAGAUACAAUAUUGUUACAUUUUAUGUGCUACACAUUCAUUCAUUUGCCUUCUGGAGACUACUGCAGACAAAUCGACAGGGUUUUCCUGGCGUUCUCUGCACUUGAAAUUGUACUUCCGCAUAGGCUACAAUGUUUUUUUCGACCAACACUCAACUUUCGAACAGGAAACCUUAUUAGAGGCUUACCCGACCGUUUUUUCUUCUUAGCAGGAGCUUGAUUGAGAGGUACUGGCUACGCCUACCACAACAUGGAUUUUGAAGACUCCCGCGAUGGGCGGGGGCAUUGGGGUGCCCACACUGCCAAUCCAGCCAUGAGUAUCAUCGGGGCAGAAGACGAGGACUUCGAGAAUGACUUGGACCCUAUGGUGGAUGACAACUGUACCGCCUUUAACAGCAUUGAGCUGCUGAAGAGCCGGCCCACCCACCUGCUGGUGUUCCUGCAGCACGUUAUGCUGCAGUUCGACUGCGCCCCAGUGCUGUGCUACCUUCACGCUGACGUCUUCAGGAGUCUCAGUGCCAAAGAAACGAAGAAGCACUUUGUGGAGUUCUACAAUAACUUCCUGGACAAAGGAGCAAUCCUCCGAGUCAAUGUGCCUCCUCAUGUCAACUAUGAACUGGAUCGCAGCAGACCAGAACUCAUCCCCGAGGACCAGCAGAAGAAGUUUGCACAGGAAGUUCAGAACAUUCAGACCCAGGAGGUCCUCCGGCAGCUGGAUGACUUCAAGCAGAAAAGGAUGAUGGGAAUGACGCCUAACGAGCAGGAGCUGCUGGAGGUGGAGAACCACCACUCGACUGACCGCAUCCCCACCGAGAUGAAGGAGAAGGCCGUGGCCGAGAACCUGCUGGACAAGAUGGCCGAUAUGCACCCCACGAUUGUGGCAGACGAAGACAAAUGCUCUGCCAUCUUUGCGUCUGUGCUGUACUACAUGAAGCACCUGGGGGUGAAGACCAGGGCCACAGACAGCAAGAAGUCUCGUGGAUUCUUCCGGAAGAGGUUGAAGAAGGAGGAGCCCAAGCUGCCCAAGCCAAGGAGCGGAUUACCCAGCAUCCUCCGGGAGGCCGGCAGCUGGAUAGGCGGGGGCAGUGAUAUCAAACCAACUAAAGUGGACAACGAAGGUGAUAAGGAUAAGGGGUCACAUGAGCGUAAAGGGUCCAGCGGGACUGCCCCCUCCCGCGGGGCGGCUCCAGAUGCGAGCUCGGCUCCGUUCGCCAGCCGCAAGUCGGGCUCCACAGGCUCCAGCAGCCAGGCGGGGUCGGAGGUCAGCGAGGCGUCCAGCACCAUCAACAUCAGCAUCACCUCCAGCCCUGACAGUGAAAUGGGACCGACCAGCAGUCGUUCAGACUCCCAGUCUGUGUCUGAGGGGGGUGAGGUGUCUCCUGCCAGCCAGCCAGGGGCCAGUCCCUGGGAAGCUGUCACCAUCCCCGGGGAGUCUGCUCUGGAAGAAAUCCUGGACAAAGACAGACGCAAAGCCUCCAGGAGCGGGACCGUGAAGCGCAGUGAGAGCAUGGUUGUGGAGCGCCGCCCGUCACGCCGCAGGACCUCCGGCCGCCAAAAGCAGUCGCGCUCCCGCAGCGACGUGGACCUGCAGACGGCCGUCACCUCGCCUGCCACCUCCCACCCCCCCUCACCCUCCCCCAUGCUCCGGCUCCCUGUCGACGGAGGCCUUGCCCCGGCCGAGGCGGCUCCCGCUAGCCCAGCCUCUCCCUCUGUCCAGCAGGAGGAGCUGGACCCCCGCAUCGCAGAGCUGGAGCAGGACCCGCCCAACUGGAGGGAGCAGGCCGAAAAGGACGCCCUCAAAGAGCUGAGCAAGAAGGAGAUGAAGAGGCAGGAGGUCAUCAACGAGCUGUUUGUGACCGAGCACGCUCACGUGCGCAAGCUGAGCGUCCUGCAGAUGGUGUUUGCGCGGCCCAUGGAGCGGGAGGGCUUCAUGACCUUUGACGAGGUGGCGGCCAUCUUCCCCAGCCUGGACGAUAUCUUCGAGUUGCACUAUGCGUUCUAUGAGAAUCUGAAGAUACUUCGUCAAGAGGACAACUACGUGGUCAAAGCCAUCGGCCCCACACUCUUGAGCAGAUUCAGUGGCUCGGAGGGCGAGUGGUUCCAGAAGCUCACAUCGCGUUUCUGCAGCCACCAGACCUGGGCUCUGGAGCAGAUCAAGACCAGACAGAAGAAAGACAUUCGCUUCAACACCUUCAUCCAGGAGGCGGAGAGCAGGCCCCAGUGCAGGCGGCUGCAGCUGAAGGACAUCAUCCCCAUCGAGAUGCAGCGCCUGACCAAGUACCCGCUGCUGCUGGAGAACGUGGCCAAGAGCACCGUGCAGGACGACGAGCGGCAGAAGAUCGAGCAGGUGGCCGAGUGCUGCCGCAAGAUCCUCAACCACGUCAACGAGGAGGUCAAGAGCAUGGAGAACCUGCUGACAUUGAAAGACUACCAGCGCAAGCUUGACACCUCUGGACUCAAGCCCAGCAAUGAGCUCUACACUGAGUACAAGAGUAUUGACCUGACAACCAGGCAGAUGCUGUUCGAAGGCCCCCUGAUCUGGAGGGUGACCAAGGAGAAGGCUUUAGAGGUGCAGGUUGUGUUGCUGGGAGACCUGCUGGUGCUACUGCAGAGGCAGGACGAUAAGAUGGUGCUCAAGUGUCAGAGCAAGAGCAACCUGGUGCAGGAGGGCAAGCAGAUGCUCAGCCCCAUCAUCAAGCUGGAAUCCGCCUUCCUCAGGGAGGUGGCCACAGAUCGCAAGGCGUUCUACGUGAUCUUCACCUGGGAGAGCGGCGCUCAGAUCUACGAGCUGGUGGCCCAGUCCAGCCAGGAGAGGAAGAAUUGGACAGAGAUGAUCAAGUCGGCGGUGGACAACUUCAAGACCAGUGGAGGAGGGCCAACCCUGGAGAGGAGCCGCUUCGGCAGUCUGGUCCCAGGCAGCGGCGCCGGUCCCUGCAGCCCCACAACAUUGCAUCCUCCUACCAGCCCUGCAGAGAAUGGAGACUCUCUGAAGAACAAUGACCAAGACAAGGACCUGCUCGGUGAGGAGAAGGGGGGAGACGCGAAUGCCUCGCUGAUGGACUUUCUGUUAGCCAAUGGCUUUGACCCAUUAGCUCAGAGCAACAGCCAUCAAGAGAUGUCCAGCGACAUUCUGCAACAAGAACUCAUGUCCCUAAAGAGGCUAUUGGUGGGCAGCAUCAGCCUAUCCGAAGACUCCCAGGUGGACGGUGAGAACGGAGGGGCGGAGCCUGAGGCACAGGAUGAGGUUGAUGGAUGUCAGGCACCAGCUGCAGAGGAGGCCCUCUCUGAUGGACAGCAGGAAGAAGGAGGGGCAGAGGAAGGAGGGAUGAAGGGAGAGGAGGAGAGCGGCAUCAGCACGCCCAUGGUGCUGUCGCAGGAGCGCAUGGAGGAUGUGCAGCAGAGGCUGGAGCGUAUGGAGGAGGAGCUGAAGAAGCUGCAGAGUGUUGAAGUAGCACAUUACAAGUUGCUGGAGCUGGUUUCAAAGUUCUCCCUUCAGGGAGGGAACUACCAGUGAGAUGCCCCCUUCUGGACACAAGGACCACAUCAUGUGCUGGAUUUGAGUGCAAGAGUUAUGGGUUUUAUGGGGAGGGAUCGAUUAAUGCUGCCUGAAGUUUGCCGUUCCCCGCUCUCUCGGCACUCGACUGCUUUUCCUCACGCCUCUGAGGAUCGGCAAGGAUCGGCAGGGCUGAAGUACUGUACAGCAGGGUAGCGAUGUAGGAAUGAGUGUGUGUAAGAGUGUGUGUGUGUGUGUGUGCAUACGUGAGAGUAAAAUGAAGAGAGAUGUGUGAACAGGUGCCAAAGAGUGUUUUAAAAGGUUAAUCGUGUGAAAGAGAGAGACAGGGAAACUGCCAUCACGGAUCAGGACCCCCCCACCCCCUCCCCUCAGUGAUACACACGGGCGUGCUCAACUAACUGUAACGUUCCUCUACCCCCCCACUGCCCACCCCGGCUAAAAAGACACCGAAUGCAAAAAUGCAACUCUGCCUCAGCUGCAAAUGACACCGUCUGAUUGGCUUAGCCAUCCAAACGCAACCUAUUUAUGCAUGCAAAAGAGAGAUGCUUGUUGAAGCCUGAUGCUUGUUGAAGGCUGCUGUUUGCCAAGACAGUCACUUGACUUAUUUACAUUUGCUGUAGCGUCGGGAGAGGCCCCAAUCAGGCUCAGUUCAAAAUUGCACACGCACACACAUUAUUAUUUAUUUCAAUUAGUAUUCUUCACUUCUGUAAAAUAUGUUCAUCUUUCCUCCAUCCCAUCUUAAAUGAGCUUUUGUGUGUAAGAAUGUGUAUUCUCUGUUUAUAAAAGGCGUACCCGUUAAUUAGUUAGCACAUGUAGUUUUGGUUUAUCCCAUUUAAAGUAUUUUUUAUAUAAUUCUCAUUUUGUAUGCAAGUCAUUAUUGCAACCCUGGCCAAAAUGUAGGGACAUUGGUGCACCUUUUGUGUUUCCUAGGGGUUGAGUUGAACUGAUGGACUCUAUGGACUUCCUGCAAAGUAGCUGAGUUUGUGACCUUUUUGGUGUGACCGUGUGACUGACUCAGGAUCAGUUAAGCAUGACUUUUUUUUUUUGCCACGGAAUUCGGGUUUAGUCUUUUUUCGACUAACCUGUAGAUGUUGGAAUGAAUUGGGAAGUUGAUGCUGGAUAGGAGUCAAGGAAGAUCAGUGAUGAAGGGAUCAGGAAUAGGGGGAUGUGUUGGGAUCACUGAUCUAUAAAGAAUACCCAAUGAGAUAGUCUAUCCAGGUAUUCUUUAUAGAUCAGUGGUUGGGAUGAGAAGAACGGCAGAAGAAGGAACAGGAUCAGAUGAGUUAACAACAGAGAAGGUUUCAGAGAUGAAGAGAUGAUCGGUAGAGCCUGGAAACAGAAUCUUGAUACUUGUGCUGUGAUGUGAAUAACAGGCAUUGCAAAGCAAGUAUAUGUCACAUUGUGACACACAAACACAGACACACACACACAGCCACACACACACACACGGUGUAGGUCAUGUUGUCCUCAGGCGGUCAUACAGGUCACACCAGCUGGAGCACGCAAUGCUGAAGAAGGCACACCUUGAACCUGUUUAAGCGUUUGGUUGUGUGUGGGAGAGUUAGUGAACAUGAGAGAGUGUUUGUGUGAGUGUGUGUGACUUCACCAGCCUUUUUUAGAUACUUGGGGAGUGGUUGUACUAUAGUGAAGGGGGGCAUCUUAGUUUGGUAUGCUGUUACAGAGCUGAAUUGUUACUCUGAACUUGGUAGUCUUUUGUAUUUUGUGUUAGUUCACCAUUUCUUUUGUUCAUACACUUUUUUCCUGGAAUUGAUUGUAAUUAUUCUUUUUUAAAGACAUUUUUUUUUUCUUUAAGGAGCUCGAGCUGUACUGUUAGAUUUCAGACUCAUAAUCAGGACCAAAGAGGAAGAUCUGUCUUUAGCUAUAGGCCUGUCUGAAUGUGUCAUAUAUUAUACACACACACACACACACACACACACACACGUGUCAGGGAUACACAAAACUGAGGGUGAUUCACCCGCAUUUGCUGGUUACCCUUUUGGCCUCAGAGACCACCCUUGCAUCCCUCCCUCAGUGCCCCCCCCCCCACCCCCACUCCCCACCCCCAAACUUCUAUCUCUGGUCACCGGAGGAGAGGUUUGAUGUUCUUCUCACGAUCUAGCAGGACAGCAGGCAGUGAUAUGAAGACAGGCAGUACUCAUUGUACUUAUGAAUUGGCUGACACUGUCACCACCAUAACAGAUCGGCACUUGAUUGUGAUUCAAAUGGAAAAAUGACUAGAUGGAUCAUUCCUUUGCUGUGCUCUGACGGGUCCCUCAUAGUUGGGCUUGCCCAUGUUGAGUGCUAUGCUGGUGAGUGUGCUCCUGAAGCUUGUGUUUUUGUUUCCAGUCAAUUCUGUCAUUGUAUAGCUGUAGUUCUCUGGGGAGAUUCACCGAGCCCACCAAACCUUAACUGUACUUUAACUCUUUGAGUUACACUGGCUAGAGCGGCGGAACCCGUCUUGAAGGCACCAACUCCGCCAGGACUGUAAAUUGGAGAUAUCAGCUGCCUGAGACCCUCAGAUAGGGUUUUUACCGCUGCGUCAGGACAUGUGACGAUGCGGCAGUAGUUGCACAGUAAUUACCUAGUAUCCAUGGCAUGCAUAUUGAAAGUGUAGAUAAUUUUCUGCCACCGCCAAUCCGGUGUUACUCCCUCCCUCCCCACCACCAUCACCACACUCUCUCUCCCUCUCUCCCUCUCUCCCUCCCUCUCUCUCUCUCUCUCUCUCUCUCUCUCUCUCUCUCUCUUCUUCCUUCCUCUCUUUUGUGUAAUCGUCAAGCUUCUCUAGGCUGUGCCAAGGAGAAUGCAGUACUCAAACUGUUGGUCUGUCUGUCUGUCUGGGGUUUUGGUUCAGUUGGGCCACGUGGCUGGCCUGUUCCUCAGUGGCUCUCUACCUCCCCCUCCUCUCCUGUAAUCUCAGAUGAGAGCCUUUCACAGUGACUGUGCCCUCUACUCCCUUAGUCUCCCUCCAAGGAACUCGCGUAUCUUCUAGCAUUGAAAUCAUUGCGUUAUAUUAUUAGGUAGACAACUUGAGAGGAUUCGUUUCCUGUAUGGUAGUUUGCUUCAUCCUGAACAGUUAAGUAAUUAUGUACUAUGCAUUGUCCUAACAUGCGAGAAUGGGUGAGCGAGAGAGAGAAUGUAGAUUUUAGAAUAGUCUAUCCCUUGCUUAAAAAUAUAUGAUCCAUUAUCACCGUUGGAUUCAGUAACAACCUGGAAUAAUAGUCGGUGGAACAAGGCCUACUCCGGCUUCUUCAGAUUUUUUUGUUUGCCAAUAUUUAGUGCCAGUCUCGGCUUUUUUUGUUUUGUUUCGUUUUCCUGUUGAUCCAUUUUUGCUACACAUUAUUAAGAGCAGUCCCGGCUUCACUGCUUCUCUUCUCUUUAUUUACGUCUGUCUCUUUUGAGCCCCCAUUUGCACCCAAAUCUAGAGAAAACAGCAAAAAAAAAGCAAACAAAAAAAACGUAGCUGUGUAUAUAAAUGUAUUUAUAGAGAAAGGUGCCUUUUUUAUGACAAUCAAUCAAUCCUUUUUAUUCCCUUCUCCUAAAGGCUCUUUCCUCAGUAUAGCUGGUAGGGGGCCCACACAAUGCUUCAGAUGUAAAGAUAUAUGACCAAUGAGCAUGCGAACGCUAGCCAUGUAGCCAUUAGCAUCAGAACAUAUUGCUGUCUGUAGCUCCACACCAUUUCCAGCUCAGGGGUGAUGAGCAUCGCCACGCCCCGCUCCGCUUAACACAAUGUGUUAAAGACAUGGGGUUGGUUAAUGUUUCAGGCAACCAUGCAGCACCUAUAUAUAAAUAUAUAUAUAUAUCUAUAUACGAAAUGAAUAUGCAAGAACUAUACUGUGUAUUUGGGCUUUGAUUUUAUUCUAUGAAAGGGUUUUUAAUGAUGUAUACUUCAGAAUAAUGAGGUACUUUUUUUUUUAAUUAUUGUUAUUGGUUUCUUUUUUCUAAUAAAUGGAAAAAGGUCA